UCGAUGUGUGCAAUUGUUAAUUCGUUCCAUCGUCCAUUCGAGCAAUUAUUAUUGAACUCGUUAUUAGCUAGCCUGAUUAACUCGCUGAUUCUUACUUGGUUGUUAAAUUAUCAACAAAACGUGCCAAACAAGUCAGUCGCUUAGACGGAGUGUGUGACAUAGUGCGUCCUGUUGGUGCAAUAGCAAUGCAGAGAGCUUAAGAAAAAAGUCUCAAGAAAUAAACUGCAAUUCGCAAAUCGCAAAGAACCUGUCUGUCAGCCAGCGUUUUCCGCUUACAACGAUCAUCGAUUGCCUGACCGAUACGAGAGUUGGUGUUUUACAGUUUUGGCAAUUUUCGCUUUUCCUUUCAUACGCCAUUCGCUGCGUAGUUUUUCCUUUUUAUUUCGGAACUACUGUAGACGCCUUGUAUGUAUAUAAGCGAAUGUGUGUGUUAACACAAAAACAAUUAUUGUUUUUUACGAGUCACUUUUUUGCAAGAAGGGCGAUGAAAAGUUAAUGUAAUAAAAUUGAGGAUAAAUCUUUUGAACACAAAACCGAUAUCAAGAAGAAGCAACAGAUAUCAAGAACAAAUACAGCGACAGGACAGACGGCGUGUGCGCGCAGCAAAGGCAGACAGUUCAUAAUCGGUAACACAGCCUUCGCCAAUGAGCUUUAAAUGAAAGUGUUCCUGUCGAAUUGUCAGUAUAGUCUUGAAGUGAUAGCUCAGGUGUCUGGUUGAGCUGUGGCCGAAGCAAAACGCAUUCAUGUGCAUUUAGACGCGACAAAGCGGAAACAUUCAUAUCGAUAAAGCGAUAGAGAAAAGUGAACUUAGUAAGCAUAUUGAUUGUAAUUCAAUAAUUCAAAUCAUUCUGUGAAUAGCAAAAGUGUUUGACUAGAUUGAACUAGACAAAGUGUUUUAAUUAGUGUUGGAUUAGAGCGUCUUCGCAGGAAAGGUAUACAAGCAAUAUAAAACGAUCCUAGGAACCAAUCUAAAAGAUAACACCAAACAAUCAACGUAACCAGCAACAACCCACGACAACAAUAGCAGGCAUAGUUACAACAAGCUAUACCAUUAUUAUAUAUGUAAAGCAACAACAACAGGAACAAAGAAAACUGUAAGCACUAAAGUACCAUAAAAAAAUCGAACGGCGAAAGUCAACGUGCAACAAGCAAGCGUGAAAGCCCAGCCCAGCUGCAACCGCCGUGGCAAGAAUCAGUGAGAGAAUCUGACUUGGUGUGUGCCGCUAACAAUAACUAACAACAACAACUGCAACAGGAGCACGUACAAACCGGCACGGCAUAGACAAAUACUAGCACCGUUAGCACAAUGGCCUUAAUUAUGAAAUACAUUGACAGUAUGCAAAGAUAUAUGGACUCAUAUGGCGAUUCAAGGACGAAGGAUUGGCCUAUGAUGUCAUCACCAUUCCCCACAUUAGCAGUUUGCCUCACAUAUGUUUACUUAGUUAAGGUGCUUGGCCCACGAUUAAUGGAGAAUCGUAAACCAUUCCAGUUACAAAACACACUGAUAAUCUAUAAUGCAGCACAAGUGAUAUUUAGUGCAUGGCUGUUUUACGAGUGUUUAAUGGGCGGCUGGUGGGGUCAUUACAGCUUUAGAUGUCAGCCGGUGGAUUAUAGCGAUGAUCCCACUACGAAGCGUAUGGUUCACGCGUGUUGGUGGUACUACUUCUCCAAAUUCACCGAGUUCAUGGACACGGUCUUCUUUGUGCUACGCAAGAAGACGAGCCAAGUAACGACGCUGCACGUCAUACACCACGGCUGCAUGCCGAUGUCUGUCUGGUUCGGUGUCAAGUUCACACCAGGUGGUCACAGCACUUUCUUCGGUCUGCUCAACACAUUCGUGCACAUCGUCAUGUAUACGUAUUAUAUGUUCUCAGCCAUGGGUCCACAGUUCCAGAAAUAUUUGUGGUGGAAGAAGUACUUGACCACACUGCAGAUGGUUCAAUUUGUGCUGAUCAUGGUGCACGCCUUCCAAUUGCUUUUUAUCGAUUGCAACUAUCCAAAAGCGUUCGUUUGGUGGAUCGGCAUGCACGCUGUGAUGUUCUUCUUCUUGUUCAAUGAAUUCUACAAAAACGCGUACAAGGGUCGCCGCAUGAAACACAAAAAUUUAUUGAUGUUCAUUUUGCAGCGCAAAGAGAAAUACGACGACGAUGUGGACGAAGUGAAGAAGAAGGAUAGCAACAACAAAGCCGCUGAAAGUGAGGAGAAGAAAGCUUUACUCGCUAACGGUCACGUCAGUAACGGUGUCAUCAGCAAUGGCAGUGUUGCCAACGGUUACCCGAAGAAUGGCUACAAAAUUGCAGCAGCGUCGGCGUCGGCGCCAGCGACCACACUGAUCAAUGGCAGCAGUGCCAGCAUGAACGGCAGCGUCAAGACGUCGACGGGGAACGGCAGCAUGUACAAGAACGGCGAAGCGCCGUUGCUGGCCAACGGACACAGCAAAAUGGUGGGUGGCGAGUUGGCUGCGCAGCUGACACAACGCAAAUUGCAGCAACAACAAAAAUAAUAUAGGGCCACAGGCGGCGUAGUGGCGCAUACGCUGGCUACGGCGUCGACGCUGGCGACGGCAGCUAAGCACACUACAACACACAAAGCUAAGAAAACACAAAAACAAUUACAGAAACAAAACAAAGCUAAAAAACA